AUGUCAUCAGAGCAGUUCUCACGGCUCUCACUUGGGGAGACCAUGGUCACGACUCGAGCCGGAGCUAAGAAGGCAGCCAAAGCCAGUCCUCAGUCCCUUCAUACUCUGCCGGACCUUGUCCCUGACCAUCCUCUUCCUUCAAUCGAGUCAUCCUCCCCUGUCUCUCCAACGCCUUCUCUUGUCAUUUCGACAACCAAUCUGCAGUACAAUGUGUCCGCCUUUGACACGGAUCUUCGUAGAAGAGCCAAACGAGGGCUUGAGGACAAUGAUAUCAGGAUCAAAUACUGCGCCGUCUCUGACGACGAGAGCAGCCCAGACGGCACCCCGACCAAGUACUUUUACAUUGACGACGACAUAACUGUAGCGAUGGGAGGGAAGCUGGGCAGUCCAAGGUGCACAUGUGGUUCCAACGAGCAAGGUCUGGCUUGCAAGCACAUAUAUUGGGUUGGUGAUCAGAUCAUCUCGGCCUCAACAAGUCCGGAACAGCUAUACGAGCAACCAUUGGAGCUGUCCAAGGAUGGAUCUACCAUUGCCGACGUGAAGCCAGCAGACGUUCUCGAGGCCAAAGGCCUGGGCAUCAUUGCAAGCGAUCUCGACUGGGCAUUCAAAGAGGACGACCUACCAGAAGACGAUGAAGAGAUGCACGAUGCAAUCACCACGAUGUUGUCUGUCUUUGAACCUCGGGAUGCUCUUCCUGGAGAAUUCAAAUGUCCCGAGUCACCCCUCACUUCGGAACGAUCGAAGAAGUACCAGGAGGUUACCGAUCUCUUUACCCAAUAUGCGUCGCGGGACCCUGGCCUCUUCCUGCAGAUGCGCAAGAUCAUCGAUCCGGACUUCCAAGGCCGCGUCUUCUUUGAAAAGGUGGAAGAUCGCAUCAACCAGAACUUUCAUGCUCUGGACGAAUACAUAGCAAACGGGCCAGUCAAUGCAUCGGCCGAUGCGCCGCAUGUCGACGUGCUCAGUUGCGCUACGAAGCUCAAGGCACUCGUCAACGCCAUCGACGAAUUCUACCAAGACCGAGUCGACUCGGGUUUGGAGACCAGAGACCUGGCCGUAAGAGCAGCCGCAGCGCUCGUCACGAUACUGGACCGUGUGACUGACCGCAACUGCAACGCCUAUGAGGAUACCCAAUGGGGAAUCGAGGCGCCGACCAGUCCAGUUGAGAACAACCUGUUUGUUGCACUGAUUGGUGCCUCUGCCACUGGAGAGCCACCGCUCGUGAUUGAUGCGCUCGCUUCUUUGCCGCAAGAGGAUGUCCUUCGGAACCACUGGGAGACUUUGCAAGGCAUCGAGCAGAAGUUGGCCUGUCCUGAGACGCCGCCGGAAUACACCAGUGCCUUCCGCACAGUAGUGUUUGAAAAUCGGAAGAGAGCGGCGUCUGAAGUGCGUGAAGGGCAGUCCAAGAGAAGCAUGCCAUCUUGA